GGUCAAGUCAUCAAGUCCCGAAAUGAAGCUGAUACUCUGCCUUGGAACUUUACUGCUAUGUUUGAGUGUUGUGUUCUCGGAUGGCGAUGAAACAGGUGCCUCCGGAGGAGCGGGAGAUGAUGCUAGCAGCGGGGAUGCCGAUGGUUCUGAUGCAAGUGGAGCUGCGGAUACUGAGGCAGAUGGAGCUGAGGACCCGGCUGGGGAAGGUGAGGGAGAUGCUGGAGCUGCUGAGGGUGGAGCUGACAACGAGACAGAUACUGGAGCUGGCGGUGAUGAAGCCGGUGGAUCAGAUGCGAUGAAGGUCAUCACGAGUGGAUACUUGCUUCUUAUCCCUCUAGCUGGACGAUACUUCGUAUAGAAACACGGACUAUACGGACAGCUGAUCAUGCUUUUUUAGACUCUCUCUCUCUCUCUCUCAAACUACAGAAAAUAUAUAUUUGUUUGUAAUCGUUUUGAUAAGAAAAAAUUAGUUGAAUCUAAGCUACAAGUGCCAAGCAGUCAUAAUUUUUGCUGCCGAAGGGCUGGAAUGUGCACAUAUUCUAACAUUUCGUAAGCAAUGCUAUGUUGUCGACACAGUCUUUCAAAAUUAGGGCUGGCUAUUGUGUGUGUGUGUGUCUUAAUGGGUAUUCCUUGAA